GGGAGCCUGGCUCCGAUAGCUGAACUUUCUGGGCGUAGAGAGUGCUCGGGUGCACUAGAGGAAGCCUUGGGCUGCUCAUGAGAGGCCUCGGGGAUCGCUGUCCUGCGCGGAUAUCGACUCUGCGCGCAGUUGGUCUAAGGUUAUUCCUUGUCUGGCCCCAAAGGACGAAGGCGUAGCUAAGUAACCUGCUGAGGGAGUGCUCUAAUUACCUCCUUUGGGGUGUUUUGGGGGUGACGUGGUAAGACAGAUGGCUUAAAAGUCACGUAAAACAGCUCGCCCGCACUGCAUUGCCCGUGUUGUGCCGUUCGUGGCCCUCUAGAUCCCUUGUUGAGGUAUUUGAUAUGUGUAAAGGCACCUCUGCCGUCCCAAACGACAUUUAAAGGAAGUUGCAGGAGGUGGUCGCCUGUUAGACACGAUUCGCAAGUGGUAUUACAAUGCAGCUGGGUUCAACAAAUAUGGGUUAAUGCGAGAUGAUACAUUGCAUGAAGAUGAUGAUGUAAAAGAAGCAUUGAAGAGACUUCCAGAACAUCUGUACAAUGAAAGAGUAUUUCGCAUAAAACGAGCACUGGACUUAAGCUUGAAACAUCAGAUCCUUCCCAAAGACCAGUGGGUGAAGUAUGAAGAGGAUCACCAUUAUCUCGAACCAUACCUAAAGGAAGUAAUCCGUGAAAGACAAGAAAGGGAAGCAUGGAACAAGAAGUAACUAUUGAACUACUUCAUGCAAAUAUCCAGCUAUUUCUGAUAUUUUAAACAUUUGGUUGUAGAAGUCCAUAGGGAGGCAAUUGUGGGGCUGAGGAAUACUGUUUCAGCUUGUUCAUUGAGUCUGAUCAUCCAACUAAAAUAAACACGUCAAACUAUGAAAA